AUGACAGAUAAUAUAAAAUUAAGUUUAUCUGAUGUCAUUAAAAAGAGAAAAGAUAGAACAAAGAGUAAAAAGUUGACUUUAUCUUCAAAGCCAAUUGCAAAACCAGUUAAACCGGUUAGAUCUUCAAAGAGACCAGUUACAACAACAACAACUACAACAUCUGCACCAAAGUUAAAGACAGGCAAAGCAGAUGAUUUACCAAAUCUAAGAAUCACCAUUGAAAAUAAAGAUGCAAAGAAAACAGCAGCAGCAGCAAAGCCAAAGCUUACAGAGCUGAGAAUCACAACAGAGAACAAUCUAUUCAAGGGUGGUGAGACAGACACCUUGGUAAAGUCAAGAAAAUCACCAAAGAGAUCACCUCUUGUACAGGCACCACUACGCAGAUCAUCUCCUAUUCUUGGUGGUGGAGCCAGACCUCAUAGGGAAGACAGAGGAGGAGAUCUAGAGAGAGGAGGAAGAAGAUCUGGCGGUGGUGGUGGCGGUAGAGGUGGUGUUGUUGGUGGAUUGGUCAUCAGUAGACCAAUUAGAGGUGCAAGAGGUGGUGUCAUAAGAAGAAAAGACGAUAUCAGAGAUAGAUUUGAAGAUGAUAUCUAUGACGACGAUAAUAACAAUAAUAACAAUAACAACCACCACCAUACUAGCGGUGGAGCAACUCAUCAUUAUCAUAUAUACAACGAUGGCGGACCCCACAGAUUCGAAUCAUCAGCACCAUUCUCACUCAAGAGUAGAAAUCCAAAUCACGAAGAAAAUAGAUUGCGAACCAGCAUCUUUGACAAUCGAAAUCCUGCACCACGUCAAUACUUUAGUGGUUAUCGUCUAAAGAUUCAUAACUUUGGUUAUGAUGUAACUGAAGAGAAUUUAAAGGCAGGUGAUGUAAAAGAAGUUAGAAUACAAUACGACAGAAGUAGCAGAUCAAUGGGAACAGCAUACGUAAUUUAUUAUCAAGAAAGUGAUGCAAUCGAUGCAAUUAAACAUUUCAAUGGAGCCAUGAUCGAUAAGAAUAGAAUUAAAGUAGAACGUGAUUUUGCCUGA